UCCCACGGUUCUUUAUGGCUAUUUCUCAUUUGCACGACCCCUUUCGAGCCCGCUCAGCCAAACCCUCCACCGCGACGGGCCUCCGCGUGAGCCUCGGCUUUUUAAAAUAUUUGUGCAGAUUUCCACCAGUUGUAUUUUUUCCAACGACGCCCUCUGAGCCUGGGAAGAGAAGGCUACUGAGAGGCUCCUGGCUCCAGAAGAGCCAUUCAGCCGCAGUAUCAGUGUAUUUUGCUACCGUGUUUCCGCGCAGGCCUGGAACGUUUUGCUCCGAUGAGCGUCGCGUUAAAGCCAGGCGCGGUGGUGGGAAGCAGCUGCUCAGCUGCAGCGAGCGACUGCUCGGGGCAUCACAGGCUUCCCGGCCCCGGGAACCCAAGAAAUAGUUGGAUUUACGUAGCUUUCUAACUAACUAUCAGCUUUAACGCAGGGAGGACUAUGAAUAUGCUUCCCAAUAGAAAGUGUAAUGCGUACCCGAGGCUCUCCACACGCUCCGGAGAUGUUAAUUAAGAGAUCGCGGAGUUUUUUAAAGGACAGGGAAAGGCGCUGUCUUUCCCACACGGCACGGGCCGAGUCUCCGAGGGCCCCGAGGGACGCUGGGGUCCCAGGCGUGAUCCGGCUGGCGGCACUGCUCUUCGUGCUGCUGGGCAUGUGGGUCAUCCUGCAGAGCUACUUCGAACGGGGCUGGAGAGCCCUCAGCCUGCGCAGCUGGCGAGGUGCCACCAGCCAGCCCAGCAGGAGCCAGCCACCCCGGCACGAGUGUGGCAACCAGAGGAGCUGCCCCAGGGACCACUUCGCCUUCAAGCUCACCAGCGGCGCUGCCAACGUGGUGGGACCCUCCAUCUGCUUCGACGACGCGGUGCUCAUGAGCAGCGUGAAAAACAACAUCGGUCGAGGCCUCAACAUCGCGCUGGUGAACGGAACAACGGGGCAGCUCCUGAAAACGGGCGCAUUUGACAUGUACUCCGGAGAUGUUAAGGAGCUGGAGACCUUCCUGACGGAGAUCAAGGACGGCACCGUCGUGCUGACGGCCACCUUCGACGACCCCGCCACAAAGAUGAACGACAAAGUCCGGAUGCUUUUUACCGAGCUGGGCAGCAGCUACGCGAACAUGCUGGGCUUCCGCGACAACUGGGUUUUCCUGGGUGCCAAAGGGCUCAGCAUCAAGAGCCCCUUCGAGCAGCACAUCCAGAACAACGAGGAGAGGAACAAAUACGACGGCUGGCCCGAGCUGCUGGAGCUGGAAGGCUGCGCCCCGCGCAAGAUGGGCUAGCGGGCCACGAGCCCCCGCCGCGGCCAAGGCUGCUCCGGGCAAACCGGCCGCGUCGACCUGCCCCCGGCUCACCGCCGCCUGCCCGUUAAAGCGGCGUCGGACGACGGGGAAUCUCGCCGCAGGGACUGUGUGGUACCUGGAAAAGCAGCGCACGAGGCUGCCUGCGACGCCAGGGCGAGCGUCCAGGCAGGCUUCGCCCAAGCCGGAGCAGCCUGGGUCAGCGUGGAGUAUUUUAUUUUUCUGUCUUUAAGCCAUGAAGACUUUGCAAAGAGAUUUGGUUUUUGGGUUUUCAGGGUUUUUUUAAGUUCUUUCUUAUGAGAUGGCCAAUUACAAAUCAUUGCCCUCUUA